UUAGGCACAAAUAAUUCAGUUAGUGAGCUUGGAACCACAUCAUUUAAAAAAAGAAAAGAGAAAGCUUACUUGAGUGUUAUGCCUAGGUAGCCUAUCCUUCAGAAAGAAUUAGGAGAAAGAAUAAAUAUCUAUUUGAGCGCCGAAAGAAAGUGUUUUAUAUAAUAACUAUAGUGAAACACGCAAUGUGAUUGGUCAAUAGCCGUGCAGGAUCAGACAAUCCUGCACGCGUUUUAGACAAUCCUGCACGCGAAAUUUAAUUUUAAUAAAGUUAACCGUUGUUUCACUACAGUUAUUUUAUAAAACAAUUACCAAAUGAUUUUCCGUGCAGGAUUGCGUGAUCCAUGCACUUGGGAUGUUGCUCGACUUUCGGAAAGCGUGAAAAUACACUCGCCUACGGCUCGUGUAUUUUCACGCUUUCCGAAAGUCUCGCAACAUCCCGCGUGCAUGGAUCACGCAAUCCUGCACGGAAAAUCAUUUGGUAUUCCUUUAGUAUUAGUAUAAACUUGACUUAUUCCGAGUAAAAUAUUUUUUCCUGAAUCCUUGGCAAGGAACCUAGUCAUGCCAGCUUUUCAACAAGGAAAAGUGCUUUUGUGUACGGCCGUCAAGGAAAUCCGCGAGGUUGUUUUAAUUACGGCAUAGGCAGUAUAAAGCAUUUGUUUCCCGAUCACUUUGGCAAAUUCUCCCAUUCCAUCCCUCUAUUCCAAAAAAAUCCAUCCAGGUGUUCAUGAAAUAUGAUAGCCCAGUGAUUAUUAAUUAUCAAUUUCUCUUGGUAACUUGGUAACCACUCAGUCGUCUGGAGCAUCAUGGGCAGGCGACAGCAUUGAAUGUUCUGACUUCUGAACACAAAAAUCAAAGGGAAGCAGACUUGAAAAACUAAUACAACCAUGUAUAAAUUGUUGUUUUAUCGCUGGUCAUUGCUAGGACGAUGAUUUUUCUGCCGUGUGAUACAUACGUAUAUCGUCUAUGAGUUUCUAAAUCAGGAGUUGCAUUGCUUUACUGGCAACAGUUUUAUAUGUCACUACGAUCCUAAUUAAUAUCAGGAUAGAAGCGAGUGGUGUGUUGUUUUAUUCUAAUUCUAUGUCAUAGUGCACCAUGGCUAGUCAAAAGAAGAAAGAUAACAAAAUGAGAAUUCGUGCUUUCCCGAUGACCAUGGACGAAAAAUAUGUCGAAGGGAUUUGGAAUUUGUUAAAAAAUGCUAUCCAGGAAAUUCAAAAGAAAAACAACAGUGGGUUGAGUUUCGAAGAGCUGUACAGGAAUGCAUAUACAAUGGUGUUACACAAACAUGGCGAAAGGCUCUACACUGGCCUAAAAAGGGUGGUCACAGAACAUUUGGAACAGAAGGUUCGAAAAGAUGUUGUAGAUUCUCUAAGGAAUAAUUUUUUGGAUGUUCUUAAUCUCGCAUGGAGUGACCACCAAACAUCAAUGGUUAUGAUUCGUGAUAUUCUCAUGUAUAUGGAUCGUGUGUAUGUGCAACAGAAUGGUGUAGAUAAUGUGUACAAUUUAGGCCUAAUAUUAUUCAGAGAUUUGGUUGUUCGUCACGGAAGCAUUCGAGACCAUUUGUGCAAAACAUUACUGACCCUAGUUAGCUGUGAAAGAAAAGGUGAAAUUGUUCAGCGGAUGGCUGUAAAGAAUGCUUGUCAUAUGUUAAUGAACCUUGGUAUUGAUUCAAGAAGUGUUUAUGAGGAAGAUUUCGAGAAGAAAUUUUUAAGCGAGUCUGCUGAGUUUUAUAGGGUGGAGGGGCAAAAAUUUUUGACGGAAAACAGUGCUUCUGUGUACAUAGAAAAGGUGGAAAAACGUCUUAAUGAAGAAUCUGAGCGUGCGAAACAUUACCUUGAUCCAAGCACGGAGAAACCCAUUACGGAGGUUCUAGAAGAUGAGUUAAUUGCCAAGCAUAUGAAAACCGUGGUCGAGAUGGAAAAUUCAGGAGUUGUUCAUAUGUUAAAGCAUAACAAAACGGAAGACUUGGCUCGAAUGUUCCGGCUGUUUCAACGAGUAAAACAUGGUCUUCAAGCAGUUUGUGAAUGUCUACGGACCUAUUUACGUGAACAGGGUGUUGCCUUGGUGAAAGAAGAAGAGACGGGAGACUCUGGAAAGAAUGCUAUUACUUAUGUACAGGCUCUACUAGAUUUAAAAGAUCGGUUCGAUCAUUUUUUACAAGAAUCUUUUAAUGGAGACAAGGUCUUCAAGCAGGCUAUUUCAUCCGAAUUUGAAUAUUUUUUAAACCUAAAUGAAAAAUCACCAGAGUAUCUAUCGUUAUUCAUAGAUGAUAAACUAAAGAAAGGAGUAAAAGGGUUAUCGGAGCAAGAAAUUGAAGUUGUACUAGACAAGUGCAUGGUACUUUUCAGAUAUAUACAAGAAAAGGAUGUGUUUGAGAGGUAUUACAAACAUCACUUAGCUAAAAGACUGCUUUUGAAUAAAAGUGUAUCUGAUGAUGCUGAGAAAAACAUGAUCUCGAAACUCAAGACAGAAUGUGGGUGUCAGUUUACAUCAAAACUGGAGGGAAUGUUUAAGGAUAUUACCUUAUCGAAUACGACUAUGGACGAAUUCAAACAACACAUCAUCACUAAAAAUAUCGAUUUGCGAGGAGUAGAUUUGAACGUGAGAAUUUUAACAACCGGAUUUUGGCCAACUCAACCCGCACCACAAAAUUGUUCAAUACCUGUGCAGACAGAGUAUGCAUUUGCUUGUUUUAGAAGGUUUUAUUUGGGAUGCCAUAGUGGAAGACAAUUAACUCUUCAACCACAAAUGGGUUCUGCUGACUUGAAUGCUGUAUUCUUUGGCUCAAAGAAGGACGAUGGGGCUGCCAAUAUGCAUAAGCACAUAAUCCAGGUGUCAACUUACCAGAUGUGCAUCUUGAUGUUAUUCAACAAAAAGGAUACGUUUUCUUGUGAGGAGAUCUCUAGUGAAACAGAUGUUCCUGAACGAGAUUUACAUCGGGCUUUACAAUCGCUGGCUUGUGGCAAGGCAGCACAACGCGUUUUGUUGAAAGAACCAAAAUCCAGAGAUAUUGAACCAAUGCAUAAGUUUCGAGUUAAUGACUCAUUUACAUCCAGACUGCACCGAGUAAAAAUACAGACAGUUGCUGCAAAAGGUGAAGGUGAACCGGAACGGAAAGAAACUCGCUGUAAAGUUGAAGAUGAUCGUAAGCAUGAAGUUGAAGCUGCAAUAGUUCGUAUUAUGAAAGCUCGCAAAAAACGUCCACACAAUCUUCUAGUGGCUGAGGUCACAGAACAAUUGAAAUCUCGGUUUAUGCCUAGUCCUCAAGUUAUAAAGAAAAGAAUUGAAGGGCUGAUCGAACGAGAAUAUUUAGCAAGAACACAAGAAGAUAGAAAAGUUUAUGUUUAUGUUGCAUAAAUCAGCUUCAUGAGGAUGUCGAGCUUCUGAAAUAAACAACUAUGUUGAAUGUCGAUGUUUGAAACUCGCCAGUGGUGCACAUUUUUAGAAGCAAGGAAAAACUUGAAAAGUCAGACAUUUUUGGAAAAAUAAUUCUUGAUUCAUUCUGGAUUCCCUGGCAUAUAACAAUUAUUUCAGGGGAGGAGGUCGACAAAAACCAUACAUUAUUGUAAAUUGCCGACUUCGCUUGAAAGUAUGUUCACCAUGACAUUUUCAACUUCCUUUGUGAUGCUUUCUGUUGGUAUUUGUAUUCUUGAAAGAUAGAUUAUGCUGUGUGGCAAUUGCUUUCGCAAGAUUGAUUUUAGGGAGUAGGCACAAUGUAAAUUAAAUUGUAUAUUAAAAGAGAAUGCAGCUGAAAUUGUUAGAAAAUGGGUGCAUAAAUUUUGCUCUUCGGUGCUCUCCCUCUGUUCUAUAAAGAUAAAAUUGGGACGAUACAUUAAAAUAAUGAAUAAUUAUCGCUUUUUCUUGUUUUUUAAAUUGUAUUUGUGCAAGUAGAUUAAUUAUAGUAAGUAUCCCUUUAUAGUAAGUGUCCAUGACAAAUAGAGACCUUAUGAGUGAAAACAAAGCAUGCAUGUUCCUGGUUGGCCGACUGGGCGCAGUGGCGUCGACGCAGACUGUAUAAAGUUUAUCCAAUCAGAUUAUCCUGAAUAAUUGAGAAAGUGAGAAUUCGUUAAAAGUGGUGAGGGGAUCCUGCAUGAUGUAUCUUGUCUAUCUCUACUCUCCACCAGUUAGGAACAAAGGCGUUACGCAAGAAACAGUUUUUUUUAUUUUCAGUCAGCAAAAAAAUAUUUUUGAGGAUUCAGUUGCUAUAUUACGGGUGAAGUGUAUAAAUACAAAUAAAUAAAAAAUGAACAACCUGUUAAAAAAUUGUAUCCAUAAUUCCAUUUUAGCUACUUGCCAAAUUUAUUAACUUGCCAAAUUUCAAGAGGCAAAAAAGCCGAGUUGAUUACUUUGUGAUUACUGUGAUAUUAAUUAUUUUUAGAGUAACAUUAAGGGUACACCACAAAAAAUUUGCUUUUUAUUUGGAUAGCAUUAAGAUCUAUGGUUUUUAUAAGACUAAACAAGUUAUUCUGAGCACUGACCUAUAUUAGAUGGACUGAGCGCUCGAGGCCUAAAUGUCUCCCCUCCAUUGCCUACGUCAUAUAGGUCCACGCGUCGAUGAAAAUUACCGCAGACUGAUAUUUGUUUUAGUUUGUAGGCGGGUCAACAUUUUUAGAAAGAAAGAAAUAUAUUACUUCAGAUAUCCGAGGGAUACUUUUCAAAAUGGAAAUACAAUGUUUGAAUAAGUUUUAUUAUAUGUGUAUAGAGAUUUAUGCACA